AUGGAGGGAUACCCUUACAACUAUAACAGCACGAAUGAGAAGAAGAGGAGUACUAUGUUUAGUGAAAAUGAACGAUGUGAGAAUUGUAACGGUAGCAGGAAUCCUUGCAAUGGUUCUGAUAUGAAUGUCGUUACAGGAGAAGAGGAAAAUAUAUCGAAAAAAAAAAACAAUAUGUAUAUGUUAAAUAAUGGUCAUUACUGUGAAAGAAAGGAAGAAGAUGAAUGUAAUGAGUCAGGAAGCAAUAGCUUUAGGAAGAGAAAAAAGAAAAGUAGGAAAAAUAUUUUACGUGUUAUAUGCAAAAAAUAUGUGAAAUUAACAAUGGAUAAACCAUGGUGCAUUAUUCUGAGUAUGAUUAUCGGCUCUUUAAUAUUCAUGAUAAUAAGUAUUUCUUUCUGUAAUAGUUUGUUUGCAGAUGUUAAUAAUAGUGCAUUUGUAUUGUUUAAAUCCUUUUUGAACAAGAUAAAAGGAGUAGAAUAUUUCAAAAUAAACGUAAUAAAAACAAGCGAUACAUUAGUUCAGUCGAAUAAUGAAAUUGGGAAAAAUGUUGACCAUUUUUUCAAGUUUUAUAAAAAGGAAAAGACAGCAACAUUACUGUUUUAUUUAGAUGAUAAAGAAGAAUGUGAAAAUAUAUUAAAUUAUAGUUCAUUGAAAGAUAUUUUUUUUUUACUUGAAUACUUUAAACAAAUAAAUCAUGAGAAUAACAUUGAGGAUAAAAACGGGCAUAAAAUUGAGGAUAAAAAUGAGAAUAAAAAAACAUGGAAAAAUAUGUGCAAAAAAUUUGACAUUCCAUUUAAUGGUACGAAAUGUUUUGUAUUAGGUCUUUACACAGUUGCUGAAUUACAAAAUGGACAGUAUGACUUGGUGAAUAACUGGAAUGAUUAUUUUAAUAAUUUGUUAAGGGAAAAUGACAAAUCGGUAAAAACCUUUUUUAGUAGGGAAAUUAUUUUAUUACCUACCUUUUUAUAUUACCCUCAUAAUACCUUUAAAAAAUCACGUAACAAAUUAGAGGAUGUAUUAUCAGAUAUAUCAGAAAGUGUUAAAGCUUAUUUAUUUGUUUAUAAUUUUGAUGAAAAUGCUGAUGAUGUACUACUUAAUGAAUGGUAUAGAACAUUAAAUAGAUAUGUAGAAUUAAUAAAUGAAAAAAAGAUUACACAUUUAGUUAUUAACAACCCAGAUGGUACUAAUUUUACACAUCAGUUGAAUAAGAAAAGAAAUUGGCAUAUUUCUGUUAUGAACGAGAAGAUAUUAGAAGAAAACGAAACUGAGUCAUUUAUUGUGGGAAUAAAAACGAAUUAUAUAUUUGUAAUUCUUUCUUUUUUAUUUAUAAUUUUUUAUAUUAAUUAUUACAUAUCAUCGAGUACACUGAAAUUUAAGGGAAAGAUAGUUCUACUUCUUUCGAUGUAUAUAUUAACGCUGUUUUCAUUCUGCUCAAGUUUUUUUUUUAGUUUACUAUUUCAAAUAAGCGUACUAAGAUUUUAUCUAAUAAAUUACUAUGUCCUCUUUUUCCUGAGUUUUCUAUACCUAUGUAUUACUGUUUUUUACUAUAACAAAUGCGUAGCGGCAUGCUCGAAGAAAAUGGCUCAAAAGUUAGAAAAAAAAAAAGCAUACCGUAGUAGUGGCAGUAAUAGCAGUAGUAAUGGAAGUAAUAGCAGUAGUAAUGGAAAUAAUAGCAGUUGUAAUGGAAGUAAUAGCAGUUGUAAUGGAAGUAAUAGCAGUAGUAAUGGAAGUAAUAGCAGUAGUAACAGUGGCAGCAAUAACUGCAGUGAUCAUAGUAGGAACGACUUGGCAGAUAUGAGCAAAGAGCACAUUCAUGCGACGUACAAAUCCUUAUAUUUCGUUGGGAAAAUUUCGAUGGUACUUAUAGCUAUAUAUCUCGUUGGUUUUACAUGCAGUUACACAAUUGUUAAGAAGUUCUGUAUAUGUUCUAUAUUUGCAAUUAUUUCGUUGUUCCUUUUUUACGCAUCCUUUUUUAACAAUAUAUUUUCCUUACUAUUAUACAAGAAUAAAAAGACAAUUUUUCGUUUAAGCAAUGAAUCUCAUGAGCAUAUAAUUGAACUGUCAAAAGGGGAAAAAAAUGUAGAUAUUGGAGCAGCGCAAAUAAAAGUGCAAAACAAUCAUAAUAGAAACAAUAACAAGUGUAAUACAUUCUGCAAUGGAAUACUCGUAACAGGAGAGAUGUGUGAUAUUAAUAUGAAUAAAGAGAAAGGAUGUAUAAAUGUAAAUGAAUGUUCUGAUGAGAAGCGGGUAUACAAGGAUCAGACAAAUGACUUUAAUUGUUGUAAUUGCAAAAGUGAAACAGAACAAAAGGCAGAAAAAUUAAGAAAAAAAGAAUCCAAAAAUGCUAAAUCGUAUAAAAAGGGUUUUACAUUCCUUGUUUUGCUUUUCCUUUUAUUAUUUUUAGCUUUGUUCUUAUGUAUUUUUAUUACUAAUAAAACAAAAUAUGAUAUUUACACAUAUAUGAGCAAAUAUUCAAAGUUAAGGACUUUUGUAGAAAAUUUUGAAAAGAAAGCAGGGUAUGUAGUAGAACCUGCCUACUUGGUGUUACCUUCUUCAUAUGAAUAUGACUAUGAAAAAGAAGAAAAUAUGGAUAAUAUUAUAAAGUUAAUAGAAUUUUUGAAAAAGGAAGGGUAUAUUAAUGAUCCCAUUAUGUCAUGGGUUCAUGCAUUUAAGUUAAUUAAAAAUGAUUGUAUAAAUACAUUUCCAUUCGAUAAUAUAUAUGAUCUAGAAGAGCAUAUGAAUGAUUGUAACAAUUUCAUUCCACAAUAUGAACACAAACUACUCCAUUUGGAAAAAUUAAAAGAAAUCUUUUGUAUUAGUGAAGGAGUAAUAUGCCAUAACUUUUAUGAUAUUAUUUAUGAAUGGUUAACUAUGAAAGAAGAUGGAGUUUACAAUAGUAAUAUUUUUACAAUUAAAACAGAUUAUCAUAAUAAUAUUAAUACGAUUCUACCCCAAAUCCACACGAUAACACCCCAUUUAUUCUAUGAAAAUUACGUAAAGAUGGACGAGAAACAUAAUAUAACCAGCAGUAGAAUAGGAUUCAUGCUACAUAAUUAUACAAGCAAUUAUGACAAGAAUGUAGAAAAUUUCACAAAAAUAAAAAAUAUCAUUAAAAAAAGUGGUAUCAAGAAUGCCUAUUUUUAUUCAGAAACAUAUGUUCUAUUUAACCAAGCCAUGGAAUUUCAACAUGAAUAUAAAUUUAUGUUAAUUCUUUAUUUUUUCAUAUAUUUAAUUGCUUUAUAUAUAUUUAGCAUUAAUGCAAUAGUAAUGAUAUUUCAGUUCUGGUUAUACAAUAACUUAAGUGUAGUAUAUUUCAUGCAUUUUUUCUCUGUUAAUACAGAUGCAAUAACAAUUAUUCUUAUGAAAAUAGGUGCAAUAAUAUCUCUUUCUCACUAUUUGUUUUCUACUCUAUAUUUCAAAGCAGUCCUUGAUAAAAAAAUGAACUUGACCAGAAGUGUGAAGGAAUCACUGCCCUAUUUCUUAUUUUUGGUAUUAUACUUGAUUACUUUCAGCAUGAGAGAUUAUAUUUCCAACGUUUUAAGAAUACUACUUUUCAGUCAUAUAAUUUGGUUUCUUUUAUACUACUUUACAAUUUUGUGUAUACACAAAAUUAAUUUAAGCAGAUCAGCAUGA